CUGAAAUUGAUUAAUCACUAAUAAUGGGUUUCAACUGCUUAAUGUUAGCUGUGUUUCUGCGUGGGUCAGUUUCUUCGGUAUUUGCAGAAAAAUGCGCGCUGCCCAUCCCACAAGAAGAGCUUGAUAUUUCAAAGCUAGAAGACACAGUUUGGUACCUCGGAGUUCAAACUAACGACGCCGUUUCGGCAGCCGUGACAUGUGCUCGAGGGAACAAUUUUACAAUAACUUCUACUGGAUUCAGUGUUCAUAUGGAAGAAUUUGGUCCUGGGUCCCACAGAGCUGAUUUGAUCAGUCACUUUAUUCGCCAUAGACAAGGAGUUUACCACCGAAGUCCUAAAGACGAACCGUCUUUAAAAGUUGCACACGAGUACACGUUGGACAGAAAAAUUAAUGCCGAAGCGCGGAAAAUAGAUGAGGAAAACUUGCUCAAAAAGGAUUACUUAUUUAUAACCGAUUAUUCCAAUUACUUUGGAGUAAUGCUAUGUCCCGCAGAAGGAGAAUGGCUCCUCUGGAAUUACUUCAAGCAACCAAAGCCAUCUCUCAAUAGUGUCAUCAAAUUCUACAACAAACUCCACGAACUUGGUGUCUCUGCUCGUUUUCAUGCAUCUCGUUGCAAUGAAAAAUAUUUCACCGAAUAGAAGAUGAAUAACUAAACGUUUGAUACCGUCACAACUUAUAUAUUCUUUUAUUUCGUAUAACCAGUUUCUAUUUCCAACGGAAGUUUUCAUUGGAUUAUUGUCAACUAAAAUACCUUAUCAUGUCUUAAUUAAUAGACAAGUGUUCUAAUCUGUGGUAGCUGUUUCAUGUAUUUUUAUUGUUAUCAUUUUUGUUGAAGGUGGGCCAUGUUUCAUAAUUGGUCAUUCUUGCAAACAUUUGUCACAUCAAUCAUUCACAUAAAUCAUUUUUAUUCAAUCGUUGAUUAAUUCUAUUCGGUUGAUUGCGAUAAUUAGUGCUCUGUGAUAACAUCUCGCUCCAAAUCCGAUAUCAAAGAAGUAAAUACUCGCUUUAAAAGAUAUAAAUAUGUUUAAAAAAAAUUCCUAGUUGUUCAGUUCAUGGUAAAUGUUUUGUAUAUAUAUCUUAUACUACUGUAUAAUCUAGAAGUAUUAUGGUUCGUGAAUGUUAUAUGUAACAUAUGCUAAUUAAUAAAA